AUGACAGCAUGCGGCGCGCUCGUCAUUGGCGGCAUUCUGGCGGGCCUGCUCAUCGGCGAGCGCCUAGCGGGCGUUGACCCCUUCAAUAUCACCAUGUUCGCUUGGGUCCUCGCCGGUUUCGUCACCCUCGUGGCAAAGAGCGUUUCUGUCCGCGAAUGGCCAUGGCGCGACUUUCUGCGUGGACAGGUUCCCUGCCGCAGCGUGUCGGAACUACAUGCCGUCACAGGGGUAGACAAGCAGGACAUCAUGGAAUACCUUUUGGCCAAGGAGUCGUAUACGAUCUUGGUCACAAAGGGCCCAUUCAACCGCCUUUUCAGCCGCCAAAGCGACGACGGCUUCUCCAUCGAUGUUAUGAUGGAGCUGCGUACGCUCUUAUCCGGAGGCAUCGUGGUGGUGAAGGUGGCGACGCACAUGGGACCGGCGCUGGUAUGUCUCGACGUCCGGAGAGGCGCCGAUGGCCGCACCAGCAUAAGACACGCCGACGGCGCUGCAAAAGACGAACGCCUCCUAGGCUGCUUCGACUUUCCCGAGGCAUUCGACGAGAACGAAGAGGUCCCCCUCCAAACUCUGUCUGCGUCAAUGACGUGGACGCGGAUUUUGGGCGUUUAUAACUCGGCUAACAAAAAGUUUCGAUAG